GUCAACAUCUCCGUUCCAUCAAUGAGAAACAGAAACACCGAGUAGUGGCAUUUCGUUAUUAUAAAAAAACAGUAAGGGUAAUUUAGUCCCUCCCUGUCCCGUUAUACCUAUAUAAUUAUAAACUCCCGCGUAAGACUAAUCCCUCCGAGUCCAUCGUCCAAUUCCAAACUUGCAAAAAUUGUACAGUUACUGUACGGACGGUAUGACUUCUCCUUCGUCCACCGUCGAUCACAGCUGCGCCGCGACGAUCUCCGCCGUCCACCCCGACGUUAUCGGGGCCCACAUCCUCACCCGCCUUGAUGGUCCGACGCUGGCCUCCGCCGCCGCCACCUCCUCCCAGCUCCACUCCCUCUCUCGGGAACCGAGCCUCUGGGAAAACAUUUGCCGUUCCACGUGGCCCUCCACCGCCUCGCCACGUGUCAGCCAAGUAAUCUCCUCUUUCCCCGGCGGCCACCGCUCUUUCUUCUCCGACUCCUUCCCUCUCCCGAUCAACCAUGAUGAUCACAGUAAUCAGGCGAUCAAUCUCGACCGUACGCCGGAAUUAAUCUCGGCCGUUGACGUUCAUUACCGAGGGAAGCUUAUUCUCAGUAAGGUCGUAGAGACGGAGACUUCUUCUGGAUGGUUCCGAUGCUCGCCUUUCCGAGUCGACCUUCUCCACCCCAAGGACGUGGUCCCAACCGAGAUACCGUACCCGAGAGGGGACGACACGUGUCGCGAUCUCGCGGAGGGGCUGACCUUGAGCUGGAUCGUGAUCGACCCGAUUGGACGGCGGUCGAUGAACCUGUCAAGCCACAGGCCGGUGGAGGCGCAGCGCCACUGGCUGAGCGGCGAGGUGCACGUGCGGUUUUCUGCGGUGCUUCUCGGAUCUUCCUCGGAGUUCACGCAGUGUGGGGUCCAGCUCACGUGCGGCGGUUGGUCCCACUGUGGGGGCGGUGGGGAGGAGUUUUUGCAGGUGAGGGAGGUCUGUCUGGUGGUGGAGGACAUGGAUGGGACGCACCUCAAAGGGAGGGAGAGUUUGGUAAUUUUGCAGAGGGCGUUGGAGGGCAAAAGGGGAAAAGGAGGGAAAAUGAGGGAAGAGGAAGGACGGAAAAGAUGCCAGGAGUAUUUGGAGAGGAAAAGGGAGAGGAAGGAAAGGAGACUGAGAACGGAAGGGGCUUUGGACAUUGUUUUUGCGUUUUUCUUUGGGGCAUUUGCGUUUUCCCUCCUCUCUGUGGGGAUUUUCCAAGGAGUGAAGGGAAUUACCUAUUGGUAAUAAUUUUGUUGAUUUUCUUGUUUUUCUUUUUGUACAAUUAUAUACUUACGAGAGAAAGAAAAGCAAAACUCAAGUUGUAAUUUAGAGAGUU